ACUUUGUUCGGGGCGCGCGCGCCGUCGACGGGUCACGUAAGCUAGCGGUCCGUAAAGACACUAGCAACCGAGGGAAGCAGCGCCGCGAUCCAGGGCGCACCGUGCGGCACUGCUCGUCCAACCGGCGCGUGGAACUGUGUUUUGCUAUCUGGGUGCCUGUGCGCCGGCGUACAGCGAGACUUGCCUGCUGCAAAUAGCUUGCUGCGAUCUGUUGCUUGCAACACCGCACCGGCCAUCGACCUAGCGCUGCGAAAUGAUGCCGUUGCGAUGGUUGGCCUUGGCCACGUGCGCCUCCGCACUCAUCGCUCCGCUUGCGCCGAAACCACGCGUGACGCUGCAAGCCACCGUCGCCGAGGCCACCGGCGGCGCGAACGCGGCCCUCAUCGACGACCUCGCCGCGCGAACAAAGGACGCGCGGUCAUUAGCCGACGACCUGAUUCCUUGUGGAGACGACACCGACCUCAAAACGUGGCUCGCCCGGUUUCUUGGCGACGACGGUGAUGUGGAUGCGGCCGAAGCGAAGGUACGAGAAAGUAUAGAAUGGCGUACUGGUGAAGGCAAGAAGAUCUGCGAGGCGGCGAGAGAUGCGGUCAACGAAGCCACUUCUGAAGGCGCCUGGACCAAUAAACCCGUGCAGGAGAAGGCGCCGCACGGUAGUAAAAUAAACGCGUUUUUUGAGGGAGGAAGGGUCAUGAACCUGAGGAAUAAGCAGGGAGACGGCCUCAUCUACGCGAUUCGCGCGGGCGACAUCGACGACAAGGCCCUCAUGAGUGCUGUUACUGUAGAAGAACUUGCUGACUUUUUUUUGUAUGCGAAGGCAAUUAACGAAAGGGCCUGCGCCUCUCUAUCAAAGCGGACGGGCGCGCUGGCGACCGUCACGACGGUCAACGAUCUAGCUGGAGUGGAUCUACUCGGAGACGCGUCCUUCCGCAACGCUUUAUCGGCGGCGUCGAAGCAGGGCGACGCGUAUUUUCCGGGCCUGUCGGGCCCGACCGUCCUCCUAAACCUGCCGCGGCUGCUCGGGGCCUUGGUGAAGUUGUUUACGCCGCUCUUUCCCGAAAGUGUGCGGGCGAAGCUGCGGUUCGAGCGCCACGAGCUGGGGGAGGCGGGCGCUUUGGGUACGGAAAGUGGACGGGCGAAUUUGUCGGACUACAUCGCGGACCUGCUCGGCUAGGAGUGUGCGUAAAGGUCGGUGCGUCGUC